GAGAGCUAUUGUGGUGACGGUGACUCGAACAUCGACAAUAUCGAGCGGGCCGGUCGACUGCGCUAUACGAGCGAGUCCUUGAUUGGUGCACAGUGGUAAUCGAGACGCUGACUGCGCGCGCGGUGCGAAUCGUUCCAAAUUACUCGGCUUCUGCGCUUCUGGAGCGGGACCACAUCAGACCGGCGCCACAGCGUAGGGCCUUAGUGACCGUUAUCCGGGCGUGCAAUGUUGACGAACACUGUGCUUUGUCUGUGCAUCAUUGUCAUCUACGUAUGCUUGGCAACAUCUCAUCAGCCGAAAUCCGCCAAGGCUUCCAGGCCUCCAAAUAUUAUCUUCAUCCUGGUUGACGAUCUUGGCUGGAACGACGUGAGCUUCCAUGGCUCGCGGCAGAUCCCCACGCCAAACAUCGACGCUCUAGCGGCUAGCGGCAUCAUCCUCCAGCGACACUACACGUCGCCAGACUGCACGCCUUCCCGGACAGCUCUGCUCACAGCGCGCUACCCGUCGCGCACCGACGUGGGAUACGAAGUGUUCCCGCCAGCAGCGGAAAACGCUCUCUCACUGCGCUUCGAGCUGAUGCCGCAGUGGUUGCAACGGCUGGGAUACACUACACACAUGGUUGGAAAGUGGCACGUGGGAUACAAGAGUCUCGAGCACACACCGACCUGGCGUGGCUUCGACACGUUCUUCGGCUACUACAACAGCGACAUCUUUUAUUUCAACCACACACUCAGAAGCGGAGCACACUGCGGCUUGGACUUAUGGCGCAACGUCGGUCGUUCAACGCAGUCUGUCACCGACCUCAAUGGCACCUACUCGACGAACGCGUUCACUGACGAGGCGAAGCGUAUCAUCGACGAACAUGACGUUCGAAAGCCCCUGUUUCUAUACAUGAGCCAUGAAGCCGGGCACACCGUUUGCAGCAACUGCACCGCAGAGGCACCCAAGGAGAACGUGGACCACUUCAGGUACAUCGAAAAUUACAACAGAACGGUCUUGGCGGGCGCUUAUGAAGUGAUGGAUCGUUCCGUUGGGGAAUUGUUGGCGGCGCUGCAGUCUCGCGGGAUGCUGGCCGACAGCCUGGUGGUGCUCACCAGCGACAACGGCGGUGGUCCGCUGGCCUCAGCGGCCGUCAAGUACGCGAACGCUGGCUCCAACUGGCCCCUCCGCGGUGUCAAGCAGGAAGUCUGGGAAGGAGGUGUGCGGACGCCGGCGGUGCUGUGGUCCGGACGCCUAAGCGGAAGCCUACCCCGACCCCCGUCGCAGCAAGUGGUGCACAUCUCCGACUGGGCGCCCACGCUAUACGCAGCCGCAGGCGGCGACCCUCGGGACCUUGGUGACGUGGACGGCAGGAACCUGUGGGACGUGCUGUCCACCGGGAGAGGCAAAGGACGGCAAGAGGUGCUCCUGGAAAUAGAAGGCAAGCUAGAAAUGGCAGCUCUCAUCUCCGGCAGGUACAAGCUAAUCAGCCGACCCAGCGGGCCAAAUGACCCGCAACUCGACGUUCAAGUGGCCCCGCCGCAAGGGCAGCCUCCCGAGGACCUCGAUCUAGACGCUCUCGUGAUGUCAUCAGGCAGCGUGGCAGGCGCUGCAGAACGCCUCCAUCGACAGCGGCGGGCGAGGCCAGUCUUCACCGAAAGCAAACUGGCGCCGAGAGGCUACACUCAACUGCAGCGGCAUUGGCACCUCAGCGAACAACGACAGCGCGCAGAGCAACUUCGAUCCGUACGAUACGGUAUUCGUGUUCGACAUCGUCAGCGACCCGUGCGAGCGUAACAACCUCGCAUCGUCCAAUACUAAGCUGCGUGAUAGGCUCCUGAAGAAGCUGGACGCAUACCGGAAAGCCAUUUCACCUCGACCGAGCAACUACGAUACCGACGAACGUGGGUACCCGGAGCAUCACCGCUGCCUCUGGUCGCCCUGGAUACGCGUGGAGCAGGCGCCGUACCAGAACUGCUCCUGCUGAAAACGCUGCCGACGAUGAACUGCCUUCAAGACCGGCCACGCUGCAAACAGUGCAAAUAAACACUUCCGAACA